AGACUAUAAAAAUCGGCUGGGGUAAUUGUGCACAGUGCAAAAUGGUGGUUGGUCUUAUUGAUUAAUUCGAGGAGUACGGUAUGUCAGACGCCAAUGAAUGUAAUGCAAUACUGUACAGAAUUGACAAAGUUAACUUUUCGUCGGGGUUUUAGCAUUUCUAAAAAGAACUUUAUAUCAACGAAAAUCGGAAAACACUGACUAUCUUCUUCGACACGUACACAUGCACAGUUAUGAUGCCGGUACGUUUGCGGUGAUUGAUUGCUGGCGUUGGCAGAAAUAAGGUUUAUCGCGACGACAGCGUUAAUUGGGAGUUGGAGAGGGGAGAUUCCCUCCGAACAAAUAAAUUAUCAUAACAGUUAAGAAAUUUAUUUCCCAAAGUUCUCAAGAAUAUCAUGCCAUCGAUAAAGAGACCAGGGAAGCCAAUUAGGCCUUCAUCUGCAUCUGCUCGUCUGGAAUCUCGAUCGCAACCAGCGCCAUUUGAAAAUGGACGUCCCGCCACAGCAGCACCGGGACUGUUCGGCCAGGGACGGGCAGCUGGCCGGGGAGCAGGUCGGGGAGCCGGCCGUGGAGCAGGUCGUGGAGCUGGCGGCUCGGGACAUGGAAGUUCAACAAAUGUUGCACCUGCAAAAAAUACUAAUUGGAUGUUGAACCGAAUGGCAGACUUGGACAUCGAUGUAAAAAAUGAACAACCAGCUAGGAGAAUGACUCUUGGAGCUGUGGAUGGUCUGACUGACAAGGAUAAAGAACAGGCAGCAAGAGUUCGGCACUACGCAAAUUCGGCACCUCCUGGGACCUCACUCAAGAUUGAAGAAAAGAUCAAUCUAGACGACCUGCACAGCUUGAAGAAAUUCUUUGAGGAAGCUGAUGUGGACCAAAAUGGAACGUUGUCCCUGGAUGAAUUUAAGACCGUCUUAAGAGGUUCUCUUAGUCUUAGAACCAAGAAUGAUGAGGAAAUUACAAAUCUGUUUAUGAAAAUAGAUUUCAAUUCAGAAGGAACCAUUGAUUGGGAUGAGUUCUGUACCUACAUGCAGCUUGAGUAUGAAGAGAAGGAGGAUGCUUAUCUACGCAAGAAAGAAGUAGACCUCCACACCCCAGCAGUCAUCCUGUCCUCACCACACAGAGAACCUGUUCUAAGAGUCACUAACAUGAGUGAUGGCACCUGUGUUACCACAAGUCAGGAUGGCACAAUAGCUUUUUGGAGUGGCAAUAUGGAUUUGAAGAGAUGGAAAUCUGUCAUGGUUGAACAGAACACGACGAGACAAAAACCUAAGUGGGUUACAGACUUUGUGAUGAUGACACAAUUUAACAAGAUCAUAGUAGGAACAGGUGACCGAGAAAUCCAGUUUUAUGAACUUUCUACAUUUGAGCCAUAUUGUCAGGUGACUGGACUAGAGACUACACCUCUGAAGCUAACAUACUGUGCUACAGGAUUUGAUGAAUGCUAUCUGAUGUAUGGAGACAGUGAAGGAUGUAUUAAUAUUAUUAUAAUCAAUGGAGUAGGAGAGACACUAAGAACAUGGAAGAAGCUACCCAAGACUGAAGGCAUUGCAAGUGUGACCCUGGAGAAGGUCGCACAUUCACCUUUGACCCAGUUUGUCCGUUGGAAGGUCCAUGAUGAUUGGGUAGGGGAUAUCAAGUACUAUGAUGACAUCAGAUCUAUCAUCUCAUGCUCUAACAGUGAGAACACUGCAUUAGUCAUUGGUUGUACUAUUGGAAGUACCCAUGUCGAAUCCAAACUAAAAGAUGGUAAGGAACACUUGCCCCGCCCGACAACGGCCGACAAACGUGCCAAACUCAGCCAGAUGCAUUACAGUCAUGCCAAGAAACGAUUGGACAAUGAUGAGACCAUAUUCAAGAUCCAUAAGGGGGUGAAGACCUUUGACUUCUGUAAAGAGAAGAACCUGAUAGCAACAGGUGGCAUGGACCGUAUCCUAAGACUGUGGAAUCCAUAUGUACCAAGCAAGCCAACUGGAAUGCUAAGAGGGCACAAUGCACCAAUCUUCUCUCUUUUCAUAGCUCCAACAGAAAACAGAAUCUACAGUAUAUCUCAGGAUAAAACAAUCAAAGUGUGGGAUACGAAAGACCAGGUUUGCAUGCUGACGAUUCGUCCUAAGACACACAAGAUCAGAGGUGACUUACAAGCUGCUCACUACAAUAUAACAUCAAAGGCAUUCAUCGUAGCUACAGACCAAAUGGCAAUGCUGACACACAGAGUAAAAUCUUUAGAAUUACGAGAAAUCCCUACCACACACCGGACACCAAUCCUCUGUGCGAGAUAUAACAGUGAGUUCAAGAACGUUGUAACAACAUCUGAUGCAUCGGUUGUCAAACUAUGGGACUUUGAGACAGGCCACCUCGUCUUUGAGUUCUCUCAAGCUCACAACAACAGCGCCAUCACAGCUCUGACCUUUGAUAACACUGGACGAAGGUUAAUAACAGGAGGAAGGGACGGCAGGCUGAAAAUUUGGAACUACAACAAUGGCCAUUGUCUCAAGAUGCUAGAGAAAGCUGAUGGCAAUGAUGAAGUGACAGAUGUUGUGUAUAUCGAGAUGAACAAGAACCGUUAUGUGAUCUCGGUAGGAUGGGAUAGGUCUAUCAAUGUCUACACAGACUCUAGUGAAGACUUCAGACACAUACAGAGACCCAUGCCACGAUGGACCGAUGAUGAGAAAAAUGGUCACCAGGAAGACAUUUUGUCUGUCUCUGCCUGUCCACCAUCCCUCCUAGCUACAUCCAGCUAUGAUGGAGAGAUUAUUGUCUGGAAUCUAGUCUCAGGAUACGCUUACUCUCACAUACAGAGCACCAAGUACUUUGAUGAUCAUGAUGAGAGAUACAAAGCUGAUGGUGAUGAGAGUAUUUCCAAGGUUCUCUUCAUUCCUUCAAGACGAACUCAUAAAGGGGCAGCUCAACUUGUAGCCAGUGGACCCAGAGGUUGUAUCCAUUUCUGGAAUGUGUACAACAAUGGCCAGCUGUAUGGUAGAUUCAAUUGUGUAAAGAAGAAAGGAGCUUCGGUCAACUGUAUGCAGCUUUCUAAUGAUGAUUUAACUCUCUUCACUGGUGACUCAUUAGGUUUCGUUUCUGUCUGGGAUAUUGAUCAUUAUUGCCUUGACCGCCCUGAAAACAUUGAAGAAGCUCCUGAAUUGUUGGGGUCAUGGAGAGGUCAUAUCCAGAGCAUUACAAGUAUGAACCUUGUUGAAGAACGUAGCGUUCUAAUCACAUCAUCACUGGACUGUACUGUACGGCUUUGGACAACAGAGGGCCAUUAUGUUGGUACGUUUGGUCAAGAUGAGCCUUGGGAUAUCUUCAAUCCAACCACCUUCAAACAUCCUAUGGUCCCUUACGAUGUCCUGGUAGAUCCCCAGAGCAUGCCAAACCACCCCAUCUUUGAUCAGAAGUCGACAUCGUCGUUGUCAGAGUACAUCUGCGAUGAAUCCCUGGAUGAUGGCCAGGCCGGUGGGGAUGAAGACAUACUGGAUGAUGGAAGUAGUCAGGGGGAUGAGAAUGGAGAAAAGGAGGAAGUGGAAGAAAGAGAGGAUGACAAGAAGAGUGAAUCUACUAGCUACAUCAGCACUAAUGAGAAGUUUGUUUAUGAUGAUGAGAUGAUUGCUGCAGAACUCAAGAAGAAACCAUUCAAUAGGGGCUCUGGUAAAAGAUUGCGGCAUGAAAAGCUCCGGUCUAUGCCCAAGGAGAGGGCUGUCACCAGCGCCUACCAGACCCUCAAGUGCUUUGACCUGGAGGACACGCCCCCUCUCUCACCCCCUACCAAGAGCAAAGAUAAGACCAGUGAUCCUUUCACAUUCUCGUGAUGUGAGACUGGUCAAUCAGACUAAACUCUAAGGUCAUUCCAUGAACUUUUCACCUUCUCAGAGCGAAAACGUAAAGCGAUCCUUCCACUUUUUAGUUAUGAAAAGUUUGGUGAACUUGUCACCAAGAGAAAUGAAGGUCAAAGGUCACUUUUGAACUCUCAUAGAGAUGGAUGAUAUUUGACUCUAUAGGAUCUCAUUCUACAAUGCAGGCUGGAAAGUUAAUGGCUCUGUUUACUUCUUGUGAAUGUCAGCUAUGCAUGUAAAGCCUUCCAGUUGAUUGACAUUGACAUUACAUCGUAUUCAUUUGUCAUAGAAUGACAAUUAGAAAGUUAAGGAGAUUAUUUUACUUUGAUAAUGACCAGUCACUGGUAGGACAUACAACCAUCCUGUACUUAGUGGAUUCUAAUAAUAAACUAUUACCUUGAGAUGACAAUCAAUAAAAUAUAUUUUUGUAAAGUACAUCAAGCUUGGUUUCUUUCAGGUCAAAUAUAGUAUGGCAUUGUUUUCAUUGUAGCAUAUAAAUAAUAACCUAAUCAUGAAAUACAUUGUUUGCAGGUAUGUUAUCACAAUUAUCGUAUUCUGGGUAUAUGUUUUUUUAAAUAUUUAAUCCAAAGUUUAUCCGUCCAUCGGCAUUGUCCUGUAAAAUUUUAGAAUAAGAUAAAAUCAUAUAAGUACAAUGUAUUGCAAGCCUUUAUUAAAGAGUUAAAACUGAUUUUAUAUGUUCUGACAUUACAUUCUUCCGUCCAUCAAAGAAUUAUUCAAGCUGAUGAAGCAUUUCGACACUGACAAAAAAAACAUUUGCCUUUAGAAUGGUUGCAAUAUACUUUGAAUUUUGGCCAUAUUUAGUGGAAGGAGGCAUACACACAGCCAUUUUAAUACCCUCUAAUAAAAAUAAUCAUAAAACAUUUUUAAUAAUGUGGAUUUACACCUGAGAAAUUCAACCACCUCAUUUCAUAAUAAUAGUUUUUUUUUUUAAUUAUUAUUCUAAAUGGCCUAGUCUAUGCAUUAAAAAGGGCUCAUGAAAUCAGGAUUCAUUUCAUCAUAAUCGGCAUAAUGCAAGUACAUUUGUUUUAAAUGGUUUAAUUUUAUGAUAAUUCUGUUACCAUGGUUUAAUACCAGAAUAUCAUGAAAGUUGUUGAAAUGAAAGAGUUAAGGUGAUAAGACUGACACAUAUUUUCCUUGUAUUUAGUAGUGCAAAGAAGGCAAGUUACAAAACAGGCUCACAAGGUCACAAACCCUAAAUAUGUUAGUAACAGAAUUUCAUUGCUCAUAUUGCAAUGUCCAGCAUUGUUGGACAUUGCUAUGGACUCAUCAGGGAAAUGUAUUAUGAAGCAUCUCUGAUUCAAGCACUUCAGUAGCUUAAAAUCGCCAUUCAUUUCAUGAACAGAUGACAUUCUGAAGAAAUGUUUGUUUGGAAUAUACAACUUAAACAACUAUAGUGUUUGAUCUAGAAAAAAAAAAUAUUUAUUCAUAUUGCUUAUUGAUGACAAACAUUGAUGUUCUAAUGCUCUUUCUUACUAUCAAUCUCAAUUCAAUUUACAAUAUGAAGUAAUGACUUCUUAUUAACAAUAAUAGGGUCUAAAUGUUCACAAAAAUUUGAUUUGGCUGGAAAUCAAAAUAUGUACUUUAACUAUGAAAUUUCAGUUAGAACCAUGAAUUGGACAUUGAAUAUAUACUGUUCAGCUCCGAUUCUAAAAGCUUAAAUCAGUUUGAUAAAUUAUAAUAUAAUUGUGACCAGACAUGAAAUCACCAAUAUUUUGCUGACCUUAACACCAAGAGUAGAAUCUGUUGAUAUUAUUGUAGAGUUAAUUUGAAAUUGAAAAAAGGUUGCUCUUGUAUGAGCAUUUCAAUAUUAAAAUGCUGAAUUCAUUUCACAUGAUGAAAAAAUUUCAAAUUUUGUUUAUGAAUAUUCAUAUAAUAAUGAAUAAUGUACUUUGUUUCAUUUUGAUUUUCAUUUAUACAUAAUCGGGACUGUGUAAUAUGUGUGUCUUUUUAAGAAGUGCUUUGAAUAUUAUAUUUAUCAGUACAAACUUAUGCACUUUUUGUAAUUCAAGUCUAUGCAGAAUUGUGUAUAGAUAAUUUCACUGGCAGCAUGUAAAUAUUCUUGAUUGGUUGUAUCAUAUUCAGGCAUUAUUAUUUUCAAUUUAAUGUGUUCAGUGUAUGUUAUUCAAUAUGAUGUAGUUGGUCAGUGCCUUAAUAGAAAUAAACAUAUUUCAUAUACUCUAAA